AUGGAAAAGAUCAGUAACAAAAUCAAGGCCCUACCGCCAGGCCAAAAUUACUUCUCUCUAGAGUUCUUUCCCCCCAAGACUAGCACUGGUACUGCCAACUUACGCGCUCGUCUUGAACGCAUGUCGCGCGCACUCUGCCCUCUUUUUGUAACUGUUACUUGGGGCGCGGGUGGCGCUACGGCCUCCAAAUCUCUUGAUCUCGCUGCUAUGUGUCAGCGCGAUCUGGGCCUGACGACAUGCUUGCAUCUAACCUGCACAAACGUGACACAGGAGUUUGUCGACGGAAUUUUAGAGAGGGCAUGCGCUCUCGGAAUCAGAAAUAUCCUAGCUCUGCGGGGAGAUCCACCGAGACAAGAAUUUAUCAAGAAUCACAGCGAUAAGAAGGAUACGGUGGAGUUUGAGUGGGCCAUUGACUUGGUUAGCUACAUCAAAGCAAAGUAUGGGGAUUACUUUUGCAUAGGUGUAGCGGCCUAUCCAGAAGGACAUGCGGAUAGAGAAAAUCCAGAUGAACAGAACCUGAUGCAUGACUUGCCAUAUCUCGUGGAUAAAGUGAAUGCAGGUGCUGACUUUAUAAUGACCCAAUUAUUCUUUGAUGUUAAAGCUUACGAUCACUUUGAAAAGGUACUGCGAGAACAUGAUAGCGGUUGCUUCAAGGAAUUACCUAUUAUACCUGGCAUAAUGCCCAUUCAAAGUUAUCAGACUAUCAAGCGAACCAUAAAACUGGCCCAUGCUCGAAUACCACCAGAAUUUAUGGCACGUUUAGAUUCUGUACGGAGCGAUGACGCCCUAGUGAAGCAAAGAGGCGUUGAUAUUGUUAGUGAAAUUGUAACACACAUUAAACAUACACCUUCAUCCGCUCCCGGGACGCGAGGCUUUCAUUUCUACACUCUGAAUCUGGAAAAAGCAGUUGCACUUAUUCUCCAACGCACCUCACUUAUCCCUUCAUCACAAGCGAUCGAUGAACUAGAGUCUAAUAGAAAUGCUAAUAGCAAUGAGUGCGAACCAAACACCAACUGCACGUGCUCUCAGGACACGCGUCAAGCAACCAACUCAGUGGAUCCUGAUCUGUUCAACCGCGUUGUGAUAACCGAGGCUAAACCUUCAGAUCCUCAAAUUGAGGCUACAAUGUCCGAAGCUAGCGCGCUAUCAAAACCUGACUACUCGCGCGCCGCAACAUUGGCUAUAAUAGAAGGCGAGGGUUCCCUAGGACGCGAUGCUACCCGGGACGAUUUUGUGAAUGGACGCUGGGGCGACUCGCAGUCCCCCGCCUACGGUAUGAUUGAUGGUUCCUGUGUUAUUCUACAUAUGAGCAGAAAACAAGCCAUUCAACUCUGGGGUUAUCCAUCCUCGAUCGAGGAGAUAACUAGUAUCUUUCUUCAACACAUUGAGGGAUCAAUUAGCGCCAUUCCCUGGAGCGAGGACGAUCUAUGUCAUGAGUCAGAGGCCAUAAAAGUUCCACUUCGUGCCUUAAAUCGUAAAGGCUGGUGGACUGUUGCCUCCCAACCGCCCGUAAAUGGCAUCUCUAGUCAGCACCCUGUCUUCGGCUGGGGCCCACCUCGUGGUUUCGUAUUCCAGAAAGCCUUUAUUGAAUUCUUUCUUCCUAGCGCCGCCUGGUCAGCGCUCCGUACUAGACUUGAGUCUUCCUUAAUAGCGCCCGACGUCUCUUGGUAUGCAUGUAAUGCUCAUAAUGUGUUCAAGUCCUCAAAUCCAACCAUUAAUAUCUCGUCUGAAAUGGGCCGCACGUCUCGUUGCACAAAUGCCGUAGCUUGGGGUGUAUUUCCGGGUAGGGAAAUCAUUACGCCAACAAUUAUAGAAGAAGUUAGCCUCCGAGCUUGGGCUGAGGAAGCUUUCAGUGUCUGGUCCGAGUGGGCCAGAAUUUGUGCGGAAUCUGGGAGUAAGAGUGGUAAAAUGAGUCGAGAAUUUCUGGAGGGAGUUUAUGAAGAUUUGUGGUUGGUCAACAUUAUACACCAUGACUAUUUCAAAGAGAAUGCCCUAUGGGAAAUUUUGCUGGAAUAA